GACACUCUUGACAGGUGACAGUUGACACGUUUUUGUGUAUAUUAUUUUAUCAGUUCUUUUUACCAUUUCUUAUCAGUUUUAACAGAGAAAAUAUUAGUUUAGUACUGUAUUUGUCCGUGUUGGGUGUGACAUUGUAUUCUGGAGCUUACAAAUAAUAUUCAAUAGUGGCCUUUCUAGUUAUAUACAUAUGAAGACGAAAAAAACAAAAAUGGUUAUGGGUAGUGAAAGAAUAAUCCUGAAAUGCCGACACUGUUCCAAGGAGUUUAAGUACGAUAGUGAAAGAAGGCGCCAUGAACAGAGCCAUUUCCCGGCGUUUCAAUGCAAAGUCUGUAACAAAAACUUCAGUUUUGUUUCUGCAUUACGACGGCACGAGAAGCAACACGAAAGGACGGGCAGUGUACGAUGUAGUGAGUGUGGAAGAGAGUUCCGGGACAACAUACUUCUUAAGAGGCACACCAAAUAUGCUCAUGGUGGCACCUACACGUGUAGUAAGUGCAGCGCCACGUUCAGCAGUGAGCCCGCGCUGAGCACGCACAUGAAGACGCACAAGACGGAGUCCGAGCGCCGCUACCAGUGCAGCUUCACCGGCUGCUCCAAGAAGUUCAACUUCGCCCACCAUCUGAAGCACCACGAGCUCACCCAUACCAACACUAAACAGCAUUACUGUAAAAUUUGUAAUAAAGGUUUCAUCCAGUCGCAUCAUUUAAAGACUCAUCUGAAGACGCACAAUGCUGAUUCGUCUCUAUGCUGUACCUUCCCCGACUGCAACAAGAAAUUCGCGACUGAGUUCGCCAAGAAGCGACACAUGGCGAAACACCACCCUAAAACAGACAGCGGUAUAUCAUCCGACUCAAAUUCUACCUGUGACUUAUCGUGUUUGGAAAGAGAAACAAUAAUAUGUUCAUCGUGCAACUUUACAAUACCAAAACCAGAAUACGAGAUGCACUUACAAAGUUGUAUGGCAAUUGUAAAAGAAGAGUACAACCCAGAACAUCCUACGGUCAGUCCUCAAAUCGACGGCAUUCAAAGAACUACCACGGAGACACAAGAAAAUGUUCUAAACUGCAAAUCAGUUUUGGGCGGCUGUAUCAUGAGCGAGAAAGGCGAAACCUGUGUUUGCGUACAAAUACCAAACACUGUCGACGAAGAUUACGAUUUCGACCCUAUAGACAAUGAACCUCUAAAUCUGAACAAACUGGAUAGUAUGAACUCAUGCAAAGGCUGUGACUGUUUCAACAGCAACGAAACAAACCCUCAGGUCCCACACAUCGUGUACAAAACAGACGGUACAGUUAAAAUAAAAGAUACUUUCGAUAUCGAUUUACCUUUCGAGAUAGUGAAACGUGAACGUGCGAAAACGAAGUUCGUGCCAUACAACAGCUGUAAGGCGAUUCUAGGGAACUGUAUAGUGAGUGGUAACGGGACUAUAAGCGACGAGUGCCUGUGCGCCAAGAUGGCGCUGGACGAGCAGGUGACCGCGCAGGAGAUAGACGACAUCACGCCGCGCCCCAACACCGGCCUGUGACUUGUAGCGCAAGUUGUUGUAGUUUGUAAGUGUAAGUUAUAUAUCUUUGUUACUUAGUGUGUACUUAAUAAAUAUUUUCUUAUGUUAUA